AUGGCGUGGCGCAAUCAAGGCAUCACAGGUUCUAACAACAUCCCUCUGGGGCGUCGCCGCUUCGGUGGUGAGGAGGAAGAUGAGAGUCGUACUGCCUCACCUUCGUCCGUGCCUGACGGCGCGAAGCGUGGGCGCAGUCCAGUUCGAGGUAAUUUUCCCCCUUUCACCGCGAGACAGACGUUGGCAGGUGCUAAAAAGAAUUUCUCGAUUUCAGCUGAGCCUGCCGCCGAUGGUGUGAAGCGGCGCAAGAAGCGAAACCGCUGGGGUGACCAGCAAGAGAACAAAGCCGCUGGCCUGAUGGGCUUGCCCACGAUGAUCAUGGCAAACUUCACAAGCGAGCAGCUUGAAGCAUACACCCUGCACUUGCGUAUCGAGGAGAUCAGCCAGAAGCUGCGGAUCAAUGAUGUCGUCCCUGCCGAUGGUGAUCGGUCUCCCUCGCCACCGCCGCAGUAUGACAACUUUGGUCGACGUGUAAACACUCGCGAAUAUCGUUAUCGGAAGCGUCUUGAGGAUGAGCGUCACAAGUUGAUCGAGAAAGCCAUGAAGACCAUCCCCAACUACCACCCGCCCUCUGACUACAGACGCCCAACCAAGACCCAAGAGAAGGUCUAUGUCCCAGUGAAUGACUAUCCAGAAAUUAACUUCAUUGGCUUACUCAUAGGACCUCGUGGCAACACUCUGAAGAAGAUGGAGACGGAGUCUGGGGCCAAGAUUGCCAUUCGCGGCAAAGGUUCCGUCAAGGAAGGCAAAGGCCGAUCUGACGCCGCUCACGCUAGCAACCAGGAAGAAGAUCUCCAUUGCUUGAUUAUGGCCGACACCGAGGAAAAGGUGAACAAGGCCAAGAAACUUGUCCACAAUGUCAUCGAGACAGCCGCAUCCAUUCCCGAGGGUCAAAAUGAGCUCAAGCGUAACCAACUACGUGAGCUGGCCGCUCUCAACGGUACCCUGCGUGACGAUGAGAAUCAAGCUUGUCAGAACUGUGGUCAAAUCGGUCAUCGUAAAUACGACUGUCCCGAGCAGCGCAAUUUCACAGCCAACAUCAUUUGUCGUGUCUGUGGCAAUGCGGGCCACAUGGCUCGUGAUUGCCCUGACCGGCAGAGAGGAAGCGACUGGCGCAACGGUGGUGGUUAUGGCGGUGGCCAACGCAACCCUCGUGCUCUCGGCACUGGUGAUGCUGUGGAUCGUGAGAUGGAGCAACUUAUGAACGAACUUUCCGGAGGUGCUCCCAGUGAGCAUCCCCCUCGCCGAAUUGAAGCCGGCCCCGAUCAAGGCGGUCCUCCACCGGAGGACCGUGAUGCCAAGCCCUGGCAGCGUGGACCUCCUGCAAGUGAUGUGGCGCCGUGGCAGCAACGACGCGAGCAACGACCCCGCGACGAUUACGGCUCCCGCGAUCACAGUGGUCCUGCCCCCUGGGCGAAUCAGAAUCGUGGUGGGAACGACUACGGCUAUGGCUCUCACGGUGGAUAUGCUGCGCCUGGCGCUGCCACGGGUGCUGCUCCUUGGCAGCAACAAGCUCCUACUGGCGGGCCCCCACCGGCAGUACCCGCUGUUCCUGGCUACGGCUAUGGGGCCUAUGCCGGCUAUGCUUACCCCCCCGGCAUGGCAGCUGCUCCUGGGAUGGGAGCACCACCCCCUCCUCCCGGCAUGCCCCCCAUGGGUGGUUAUGCUGCCGGUAACCCUCCUCCACCCCCUCCUCCUGGCGAUGGCCCCCCUCCCCCACCUCCUAGUGAUCAGCCUCCCCCCCCCUCCUCCUGCGUGAACAGAAUGGCAUUCCAUGGAUCCCGAGGCCUGACUUGCAACGUUUGCGGUCCUUGA